UCCGUCCGGCUCUUCUACAAGAAGUGUCCCUCGGUGACGGUCAACUUCACCCUCUUCCAAGAGACGGUGCCCCGGGAGCUGGUCAUGCCGGUCAGCGGUCAGUGCGUGGCCCACGCCGUCAAGGUCAGCGCUCGGCCCCUCAGCAUGUACUGCCGGGAGGACGGGCAGUGGGCCGAGCAGACCAUCACCGACUGCACCUGCGGGCCGGGAUACGAGCCCUCCGAGGAGAACACCAAGUGCCGCGCCUGUCCGCCAGGGAUGUUCAAGCCCACUCAGGGUGAGGGGCCCUGCCAGCCCUGCCCCUCCUACAGCAACUCCCAGGCUCCGGGUUCCAGCGAGUGCGCCUGCCGGGUGGGCUUCUUCCGGACGGAGAAGGACCCCGUGACCAAACCCUGCACCACCACGCCGUCCGCGCCUCGCAGCAUUGUGGUCAAGAUCAACGGCUCGGUGGCCGUCCUGGAGUGGAGCGAGCCACUGGAGAACGGCGGGAGGGACGACGUGGCCUACCACGUCCUCUGCACCGAGUGCCCUGAGCACCAGAGCUGCCGGCCGUGCUCCCGCCUGGUCUUUGCCCCCCGGGCGCGGGGCCUGGUGGAGCGGACGGUCACCGUGGAGGGGCUCCAGCCCUACAUCACCUACACCUUCCAGAUCCAGGCCGUCAACGGCGUCUCGGACCUCAGCCACAACCCGCCUCACUCCGACUCCAUCAACACCUCCCCCAACAAAGACGUUCCGCAGCCGGUUUCUGAGAUUGAGCAAACGUCCAUCAGUCCCAACGGGGUGACCUUGGCCUGGCCACCUGUCCAGCCGCCCACCGGGAGCAUCUUGGACUACGAGGUCAAGUACUACGAGAAGGGCGUCGGGGGCCCCAUGUUUGUCAAGACGUCCAAGAGCCGCGUGACCCUGACCGGCCUUCGCCAAGGGGCAACGUAUGGCGUCCAGGUCCGAGCGCGAUCCGAGGCUGGCUAUGGCGGAUUUGGGCCGGAAAGUGCCUUCCAGACACAAGGCGAUGAGCUGGGCGGAGGCACGGAGAAGCUGGCCCUCAUCGUGGGAACAGCCGCCCUGGGGGCCCUCCUGGUCCUGGCCGUGGUCAUCGUCGCCGUCGUCUGCCUCCGGCGUCAAGGUUCCUCCAGGUCACGAGAGGCGGAAUAUGCGGACAAGCCAGGACAGUACCUGAUUGGGCACGGCACCAAAGUCUACAUCGACCCCUUCACUUAUGAGGAUCCCAACGAAGCCGUGCGCGAGUUUGCCAAGGAGAUUGAUGUCUCGUAUGUCAAAAUCGAGGAGGUCAUUGGGGCAGGGGAGUUUGGGGAGGUGUGUCGCGGGCUCCUGAAGGUCCCUGGCAAGAAGGAGAUCUACGUGGCCAUCAAGACGCUGAAGGGGGGCUACACGGAGAAGCAGCGGCGGGAGUUCCUGAGCGAGGCCAGCAUCAUGGGGCAGUUCGAGCACCCCAACAUCAUCCGCCUGGACGGCGUCAUCACCAGCAGCGUCCCUGUCAUGAUCGUCACCGAGUUCAUGGAGAACGGGGCCCUCGACUCCUUCCUGCGGCUGAACGACGGCCAGUUCACCCCCAUCCAGCUGGUGGGCAUGCUGCGGGGGAUCGCCUCCGGGAUGCGCUACCUCUCGGACAUGAGCUACGUCCACCGGGACCUGGCCGCCCGCAACAUCCUGGUCAACAGCAACCUGGUCUGCAAAGUCUCUGACUUCGGUCUGUCCCGUUUCCUGGAGGAGAACUCCUCGGACCCCACCUACACCAGCUCCCUGGGAGGGAAGAUCCCAAUCCGGUGGACGGCGCCCGAAGCCAUCGCCUUCCGCAAGUUCACCUCCGCCAGUGACGUCUGGAGCUACGGCAUCGUCAUGUGGGAAGUCAUGUCCUUCGGGGAACGGCCAUAUUGGGACAUGUCCAACCAGGAUGUGAUCAAUGCCAUUGAGCAGGACUAUCGCCUGCCGCCGCCCACGGACUGCCCUACCUCGCUGCACCAGCUGAUGCUGGACUGCUGGCAGAAGGACCGCAACGCCCGGCCCAGGUUCGCCCAGAUCGUCAACUCCCUGGACAAGCUCAUCCGCAACCCGGCCAGCCUCAAGAUCGUCUCACGGGGCAACGGAGGGCCGUCCCACCCUCUCCUGGACCAGCGCCUGCCCCACUAUUCCUCCUUCGGCUCCGUCGGGGACUGGCUCCGCGCCAUCAAGAUGGGACGCUACGAAGAGAGCUUCGCCAACGCCGGCUUCACCUCCUUCGAACUGGUCAGCCAGAUGUCCACCGAGUGA